AAGUUUGACAACGUCAUGAAGGUGUGGUGGGUCACACCCACACUGAGGACAUAUAAAAGGCCCUCUGCAGGGAGACAUGUCCACCCUGAAGUCACACUUCUACUCUCCUUCUUUAUCCAAGGACAACCUCGACCCAACACCAACAGCAUGUGCGGCUACUACGGAAACUACUAUGGGGGCCGUGGCUACGGCUGCUGUGGCUACGGAGGCCUGGGCUGCGGCUAUGGGUCCUGCUAUGGCUGUGGCUUCCGCAGACUGGGCUGUGGCUAUGGCUGUGGCUAUGGGUGUGGCUCUGGCUACGGCUCUGGCUUUGGCUACUACUAUUGAGGACGCCAUGGGAGACUCUCAUCCUCUCCAUCUGGACCUCAGGAUUCCCCAUUCUUAACCUCUCACGUUCUGUGC